GACAAACUUAUAAAAUGACUACCGGCUGAUGUUACCUGUUUAUUGUUCACAAUAGUCUUUGAUUUGGCUAUAAAAUAUCGAUGGAAUUAAAUACAGGAUUAUAAAUGCAGAGUAUGUGCCAUUUUUGUGAAAACGAGCACUAUCAUUUUAAUAGAGAUUAGCAAAAUAUUGGCCGAUUUCGUCUAGUCUUCAACUCAUCGAACGACGUAACACUUCACACCAUGGCAGCAGAAGGACCAAACCCCUAUACUCACAUCUUGAAAGAUAUCAAGAUCGGAGAAAACCUGUACAAGUAUUAUGACUUACUCUCUCUUAAGGAUAAUCGUUAUGAACGGCUGCCAUUCAGCAUUCGUGUUUUGCUGGAAUCUGCUGUAAGGAACUGUGAUAAUUUUCAGGUGAAAGAAGAGGAUGUCUUGAAGAUUCUAGACUGGGAAACUAAUCAAGCAGAUGCCAAGGGUGUAGAGGUACCUUUCAAACCUGCAAGAGUAAUCCUUCAGGAUUUCACUGGUGUGCCGGCAGUAGUGGAUUUUGCAGCCAUGCGUGAUGCUGUCAAAGAACUGGGUGGCGAUCCACAGCGCAUCAAUCCUAUUUGUCCUGCAGACCUUGUCAUUGAUCAUUCCGUCCAAGUAGAAUUUUCGCGAACACGUGUUGGGGACGACCCAGGAGGUGGGGAAAAGUUGACUGAUGACACAUGUGGGAAUUGUUCAUCUUAUGGGCAACCUGGUUGUCAGUCUGCUGGUUCUGGAGGGAAGAGGCCAGGUGGCCGUAGUACCUCUAGACUUCAACGCCUUCGUCAUCCAAACUCUCAGGGAUGCCGAUCUCGUCCUACCUCCCCUGUGGUUCACACACGGCCUUCAAGCCCUGCAUUGUACCCAUCAUCACAGCCUGUUUACAUGAUGCCUUCCUCUGUUGCAAUUACUGGUCCAGUCAUGGUUGGUGUACAGCAACCUAUGGCUUUUUCUUGUGCUACUCCAUCAGUUGGGACUACUUUAAAUCAAGCGAUGACGCACAUGUCUCUAAGUGAUCCUGUGACUGGACUUCCAACAUAUCAGCAUGCAAAUUAUGGGGCUGGUUAUCCCCCUCCAGUAUUUCCUCCUCCCCAUUCAUCCCAUAUAGGCAUAAAUCCUCAAGCAACUAAUGCAAGUUAUUACACUGGGCCACCUUAUAUGCAUCUUUCUAGUAACAGGUCAAACAGUAGACCUGUGACUCCAGACAGACAGAAUGUUUCAGACAGUGAUAAAUGUUGUUUUAGUGGUACUGAUAUUGAAGAUAUUUCCUUGAGGCCAAGGUCACGUGGCCAUAGACUCAUGGGCAGAAGAAAAGUGGAAAGUGCAGAGGACAGCACAUUUUCAGAUACCUGUAGUACCAAGAGCGAUAUUUCUCAGACCCCAUCAUUACGGUUACCUGUAUCAUCAUUGCCAUCACCUCUUGAUGCACCAGGGAUUCCCAUUCAAGAUGAAGUUUGUCCAUUCCAUGAACGCACUUCAGAAUGGUCUGAUGCUUUGCAAAAGAACCAGGAGAUUGAGUUUGAGCGGAAUAGUGAACGAUUUGUCUUCCUGAAGUGGGGAGCCCAAGCUUUAAAAAAUAUGCUUAUUGUACCUCCUGGCUCAGGAAUUGUUCAUCAGGUUAAUUUGGAGUACCUGGCUCGUGUGGUAUUCGAUGAAGGAAUGCUGCUAUUUCCUGACUCUUUAGUAGGCACAGAUUCUCACACAACGAUGAUUAAUGGAUUAGGCGUUGUUGGCUGGGGAGUUGGAGGUAUUGAAGCUGAAGCAGUGAUGCUAGGACAAGCAGUGUCCAUGGUGCUUCCCAAAGUACUAGGUUAUCGUAUUACAGGCACACUUUCACCCUUAGCCACCUCUACGGAUGUUGUACUGACAAUUACAAAGCAUCUCAGACAAAUAGGAGUAGUUGGGAAGUUUGUGGAGUUUUAUGGACCAGGAGUUAAACAGUUAUCCUUAGCUGAUCGUGCCACGAUCUCCAAUAUGUGUCCAGAGUAUGGUGCAACUAUAGGUUUCUUUGCAGUUGAUGACACUACUAUUCAUUAUCUUCGACAAAGUAAUCGAGAUGAGGAAAAAAUUGCCAAAGUAGAAGCUUACCUUAAAGCUGUUAAAAUGUUCCGCAAUUUUUGUGAUGCUACUCAGGACCCUGUUUUUAGUGAGGUGGUUGAAAUGGACCUUUCCGAAGUAGUACCAUCAGUAUCUGGACCUAAGAGACCACAUGAUAGAGUACCUGUUUCUUCCAUGCUUGAGGACUUCAGACUUUGUCUGGGAAAUAAAGUUGGUUUCAAAGGUUUUGGUCUUCCACCUGAACAGCAUGACAAAACUGUUCCAUUUGUUUACCAAGGACAGGAGUAUACUCUGAAGCAUGGGUCUGUGGUUAUUGCAGCCAUUACAUCAUGUACAAAUACCAGCAACCCCUCUGUUAUGCUUGGAGCAGGCAUGCUUGCAAAGAAUGCUGUAGAGGCUGGCCUUUCAGUGUCUCCUUUCAUCAAGACAUCUCUGUCACCUGGGUCUGGGGUUGUUACUCAUUACCUGCAGCACUCUGGGGUCAUCCCAUACCUAACAAAGCUUGGAUUUGACAUUGUGGGAUAUGGAUGUAUGACCUGCAUUGGGAAUUCCGGUCCUAUCCCCGAGCCCAUAGUGGAAGCAAUUGAGAAGAAUGACUUGGUUUGCUGUGGUGUACUAUCUGGCAAUCGUAAUUUUGAAGGCAGAAUCCAUCCAAACACCCGGGCCAAUUACCUUGCAUCUCCACUGUUGGUUAUUGCUUAUGCUUUGGCUGGACGAGUUGACAUAGACUUUGAAAAGGAACCAAUUGGUUAUAAUGGUGGAGAUCCUGUGUACCUCAGAGAUAUUUGGCCAACUCGUACAGAUAUUCAGGAAGUUGAGCAAAAGCAUGUUGUUCCAGCCAUGUUUAAAGAAGUUUACUCUCGUAUUACUACUGGAAAUGAACGAUGGAACAAAUUAGAGGCUCCAGAAGGAAUGUUGUAUCCCUGGGAUAGCUCCUCAACCUACAUCAAGAAUCCACCUUUCUUCCAAGGAAUGACAAAGGAGGUGCCUCCAGUUCGUAGCAUUCAGAAUGCAUAUGUUCUUCUUAAUCUUGGAGAUUCUGUAACUACAGAUCACAUAUCACCGGCUGGUUCAAUUGCUCGUAAUUCUGCUGCUUCCAGAUAUUUAGCAUCUCGUGGUCUGACACCUCGUGAAUUCAACUCGUAUGGUUCUCGGAGGGGUAAUGAUGCUGUAAUGGCUCGAGGAACAUUUGCAAAUAUUCGAUUGGUUAAUAAGUUCAUUGGAAAGGCUGGACCUCGAACAAUCCACAUUCCUUCAGGCGAAGAGUGUGAUGUUUUUGAUGCUGCAGAAAGGUACAAAGCAGAUGGACAGCCUGUGAUCAUCAUUGCUGGAAAGGAGUAUGGCUCAGGUUCAUCUAGGGACUGGGCUGCUAAGGGUCCUUUCCUUUUGGGAGUUCGUGCUGUAAUAGCUGAAUCCUAUGAGCGUAUCCAUCGAAGCAACUUAGUUGGCAUGGGUAUAAUUCCCAUGCAGUUUCUGGAAGGCCAAAAUGCCUCAUCUUUACAGCUCACUGGCAAGGAGACUUACACUAUUAAUCUGCCCAGUGAACUUACUACAGGAAUGGUGGUAACUGUUCAGGUUGGAGAUGGACGGUCAUUUGAAGCCCUCGUUCGUUUUGACACGGAAGUAGAAUUGACUUACUUCCGAAAUGGUGGCAUCCUUAAUUACAUGAUACGCAAGAUGAUCCAGGAGUAAUUUUUCUCUGCAAUGUGUGAUGUAAGAUAGUUUUGCAGAUUUAUUUUGAAUUGCAUUCAGUUGACAUUUUGUUUAAAGUUUGCUAAGUGUAGAGGGUUAAUAUGUAUCAAUUAAUUGUCCACUUCUUGAAUUAUGCUUCUGGUUUAAACCUUUCUUUGUGCUAUAACUCAUUGGGAAAGGAAAUUAUGAGGUGCAUGUACAGAUAUAGUUAAGAUGUAGGUAAUGACUAGACUGAGAUAAAUAUUGUUGUAAGGGAAUUAUUGGUUUCAGUUAAUAUAUUGUAACAAAUUCUUUUAAGAUUUUGUUUUUUGUUAAGGCAGGUUAGAAAUUAGUUUCUUUCAUAAAAUUGAUUAUUAUACUGUAGUUGAAUUGAAAAUUUUUUGCACAACUUAUUUUAUCUUAGAAUAAGAAUUACUGGCCAGAGUCCUAAGUGAUAUUUUUACUCUGUAGUGCCAGUAUGUACUAGUUGAGUUUGAAUUAUGGUAAUGUUAUUGUUACUCAAAAUACACUAUAUAUUGCUAUCCAGAUAGUAACCAUUUUAUGUCAACCUACAAUUUUUUGUCUUAUUAGUGUUUGCUUAGGUAUGUAUCAUUAGUUCUGUGCCGUAUGUAAGCAGAGCACUUUGUGAAGCCUCAUUUAAGCAUUUUGUAAUGUCUUAGGCUACAAGAAUUAUUUCAGUGUCUUAACUACAGCAAUUAUUUCAAUGUCAUAUUAGUUAGGGCCCUUGUGUUAUGAGAGAGAUAUAUAACACAUUUUCAUUAUUUCCUGGGACCAGUUUACCUUUAGAGCAUUUGUGUAUUAGCAGAUCACUUAUUUGUGUAUUUUGUUUUUCUUUAUGGACAAGCAUGAUUUUUGAUUGAUGAUGCAUUUAUAACCAGUGCUGUUUUAUUUAAAAUAAUUAGUGGUUGUAUAUAUGUUCUGUUACAUAUGAAAUAUUUAUCAGUAUAUUUAAAGAGAGUUGUUUUGGAUAUACUAAAGGCAUUGUGCUGUUGUUCAGUGCAGUGCCAGGGAAACAGUAUCAGCUUAGUUUUAUCCAGUGGAUGUAAUUUACAGAAUGCAUAUACUGUAAACACGACUUGGACUGAGAGUUGUUCCAAGAAAGUUUGCAUAAUGUAAGUUUGCUGUUUCCCUUAGGAUGUGUAAGAUACAUAAGUCUAGAAUAUUUUAUCGCAUAGCAAGUGCUGAGAAUGCUUCAACUGUUAAUGUGAAUAGAUAAUGCAAUAUUAAUCCAUUAUUACCUUACACUUGCAUGACUUCAUUGAACUGGCACCAAGUUUAGCAUCACCAGCUUCUGAUGAACUUACUGAUUUAUAAUGCUUUGAAGACUGAGGAUACCCAUUUUGCAUUACAUAUCUCUGUAGACAAUGACUUUCAAAUUCGUUGGAAAACCUAGUAAGUCAACCUUGAUUUAUUACACAUUUUCCCAAAUUCAUUGAUCUUUUGUUAUCACAGAAUGUAGGUUUAUGUGGCCCUUGCACAUUGUCAUCUUUGUGCUUUUUUGAGAGAACAAAAAGUAAAAUAUCUUGUUUAGGGUAUGACUAUUAGUUUCAUUACUGUUUCAUAUUUUAAUAUACUCUUGGAUAAAAUAGUUUCAGUGAUGUUAACCAGUGUCAAACUUUUUAUUAUUGAAGUGACUAGUAGUCAUGGUAAGGGGACUCUUGUAACAAAUAGUGGGUGUCUUCAUUAAGGUAGGUUCUGUGAUUCAGAUACUUGACCAAAUAAUUAGAGAGAAUAAUUUUCACUUAGAAAUUAGACUCUUUUGGCACAGAUUUGAAAGCUACUGUGUAACAUGUACAGCAUCUGUAUAAAUAUAAACUUAUAAGAGGUGAAUCUAACCAGUCUUUUUUAGCAUAAUUCAUUGAUAUUUGAGUUAGUGAUAUAUAAAUAUAAAUGUGAUGACUUGCAUAUGUUAUCUUAUUAACUGAAGUCUGUAUAUUUAUAUUUUAUCAGAGUUACACAGUGUGUACAGUAGUAAUGUAGAGCUCAAGAACUGCCAGAGAUAGUUUAUAGAGUGGGGGCAAUACCUAGUACAGGAAAGUUUUCACAUACACACUUCUUGUGUGUACUGUAUGUGAUUGUCAGUAAGUUUUCCUGUGAGGUAUUUCAUCUCAUUUCAAGAUUUUAAAAAUUUUAUGAAAUGAUACGUUUUAUACUUCCUUCUUUUAUUCUUGCUUAUGAACUUUUUACAUCAGACAGUUUUAACGGGCAUUAAGGCAUGUAAUAAGUGCUGCAAAUUAUUUUUUUUUUGGUACUUGUCCACGAGCUGAAUUGUCCUUUAAUGAUUUCAUUUGUAACUACAAUAAGUUUGACCAUUUUACCUGCUGGUGUACUGAUAAACGACACUUUAUUGUUAAUGUAAAGUGUUAUGUAAAUUGCAUUCCAUUUGAUUUUUUCAACUAAAUACACUGUAAAAUGAGAGGUAUAUGACUCAUAGUAUCAUGUCAUCUACACAGGUGUGUAUUUGAAAUAAAUAAAUGCACAAUCGAGUUUUUGUGGUACAAAUAAAAAUCUCUUUAGACUUCCUUAAGUUUUUCAGAUUUUUUUUUUUUAGAUCACCAACCAAUUACCAUAGAAGUACGGUAUUUACAUUUUUUAAUCUUAACUCACUGAAUAAUUUUAUUCUUAUGAAUGAAAGUAAUUGCUUGAUAUGCAACCAGUAUUGCUAAAAGUAAAACAGUUUUAGGAAAAAUAUUUGUUUUCACUUGUGUUUUUGCUCCUUACAGAAGGUAAUAAACAAAAUCAACUUGAGGUAGAUUUGUUUUGUACUUGAUGAAUAACAUUAUAUAUUUUCAUUUUUUGGUGAAAUACCGAACCCAAAGAGUGACUGAAGCCCUAAUAUAUAAAUUCAAACCAAUUUUUAUACUGUACAUUUAUACAAAUGGCCGGGUUCUUACUUUUCUUUUGAUUUUUGUUGAUAUAGAACUUCUAAGUACUCAUUAUACGUACUGUGUCUUGAGUAUUUUUGACCUGCAUUCUUAUAAAUGCUCUUGACAAUAACUGGCUUGAGAGUAAGGUGAUGGUAUUAAAAAAGAGAUUAUACAAGUAUUGAUCCUUCUGACAUUUUGUGAUACAACAUUGCAAGCAUAACUUCUCCACAAGUACUUAUAGGGCAAACUUUGAUAUUUCUUUCCUUCUUACUUGUUUAGAACUAUCUAACAUUGCUUUGAUCAAAGAGGAUUUCUUAAAAUUUUACUCUUAGAAAAGCCAGAGAUCAAGGAAUGAAACUUGGCUCUAUUAAAUGUCAUUACUGCUCAAGCUUCAUCAUCAUUACCUCUGUACGAUACUUAAGUCUAAUUUUUUCUGUAUUGGGAUAAUUUUUAUAAAAGCUAAGUUGAAUAAAUACUACAUGCAUA